GUGACCGCGUCCCCGCUUUUUCCUCCCGUCCCUCUGCCCGUUUCGUAUGACCGUUACCUUUCGGGCGGCGGGUGACGUAAUUGGAGGCGGCGGCGGCCGGGGGGGGGGAUGUCGGCGCUGCUGCCGCCGGGGCUGCAGCGGCUCCGCCAGGCCCCGAGGCACCUGCUGGUCUGCGAGAAGGGCCACGCGCGGCACCCGCGCUCGCGGCACGCGGCGCACGUGCGGGGCCACGCCUACAACUGCCGCGUGUCUUUUUUGAUCCCUGAAUGUGGCAUACUACCUGAAGUGCUGAAAAGUACUGUUGCGGAUUUUGGAGAGUACUACCUGGUGAGGAAUUUACCGAUUCAUGAAUUGGUUGCUCAGGAGUUCAUUGAUGUUUUUGUGAAGAAAGGUUCAUGCUAUGCACUUACCUAUAACACAAAAAUUGAUCAAGAUAAUACUGCAGCUCUGCUACCAAAUGGAAAACUAAUUCUGUCAGUGGAUAAGGAUACUUAUGAGGAACUCGGACUGCAAGGUCGCCCUUCUCAGUAUUCUGGCAAAAAAGUACUGAGAUAUAUUAUAACCAUUGACUUGACUGAUUCCAGCUUUCACCCUGAUAGCAAGAAACAUAACAGAGUGCUUUGGGCCUUGAAAGAAAAGAAACCUUUAGAAUUUGACUUCCUACUGGCUUGGUAUAAUACCGGUGCAGAAGGAUCAACAUUGAUGUCAUACUUUUCAAAAAACCAAAUACAGGCGCUGAAGCCAAAAAUAACAUUCAGCACAUUAAGGGACUUGCAGUGUCCGGUGUUACAAAGUAAUGAACUACAAGGAAAGCCAGAUGAGUCUUGCAGUACGGAGGAGCUGUUUGAAUGGCUAGGUGCUGUCUUAAAUCAAGUUAGCUUAGACAACAAUUCGUCUAGCUUCUUAUCAACUUAUUGCUGUCCUCAGCCCAACACAAUGGUGGAAAAAGCUUUUCUAUGCACAAUCACAGGCUUUAUAAUUCCUGAGAAGAUAAUUCAAUUAUUGGAGCAGCUGUGCUGCUAUUUUGGUGAACCAAAACUGGCACAUUGGCUGACCUUAACUGUGCAUGGGUUUGCAGACAGCCCUGUUUCCUGGAGAGAAAGUGAACAUGGUUUCCACAAGGGAGGAGAGAACUUGUACAACUUUGUCAUUUUUAGAAAUCUGGACUACUGGCUUCAGAUGGCUGUAGGAACGAAUGAUGAUUGUCCUCCAUAAAGCUACAUCUACAGAAGAAAUUUUCUAGUAAUCCCGUGUUACUGCAUAGAAACCUAAUAAGAUAGUUUUUAUAAAGGUAAUUAGGUAACAAGUUAAGUACUAAGAAGUUGUAUAUGUUUUUCCAUUAUUUAUAACACUUAAAGGAUGACCUACAAUCAAAGGAAUGGAUUUUUGUUUCUUUGCUGUUACACAGUGCCUUCUGGAAGACUUCACUAUUCUAGCUUUAAGAAAAAGAUACGGUUUUGAGAGUUUAGGUUCUCAGAAAUUGACUGUAGGUGGUUUCCUUUUAUCCAAGAGUAAUUUUGGAAUUUGAAAGCUAGUUUUACAGAUUGCUAGCUAAAAUAUUUGGGAUGAAAGCUCAUUUUGGGAUUUAGCAUUUUCUUUCUUUACAUUAAAGAUCUGUAAAACCUUCAAAUUCAUGUUUAAGACAUUUCAGCCUACAUGCUGGCAAGUAAAAAAGGGAGAAGUGUUCUCUAUAAUUUGGUAGGGGGGAGGAGGAAGAAGGUAUGGAGAAGGAGGUAUGUAACACUGGGAGGAGCACUCAUUAAACAUGGAAAAAAUAAAGGUUUACUGACAUGCC